AUGGCGCGAGCUUAUACAUUUCCCGGUGUGGCCGUCAUCACCGGAGCGGGUGGGACUGGUAUCGGAGCAGCAGUUGCAAGAAGUUUUGCCUCGGCGGGCUGUGACAGAAUCGCAAUCACAGACCUUAACCCAGCAUCGUUAGAUGAAACCAAACAAGCAAUUCUUAGCUCCUACCCCCAAGUCCACUUCGUUUCCCGAGCGGGUAAUAUCGCAGAUGAACAAUUCGUGGACUCGUUCAUUGCCGAGGUAGCCCAUACCUUUGGACGGUUGGACUACGCAGUGAACUGCGCUGGAAUCUUCGGAGAUGCUUUGCGAUCGACAGAGAUGUCGACGGAGAACUUUGACCAAAUAAAUAAUGUCAACUAUCGAGGAUGUUGGCUAUCUUCAAGGGCAGAACUAAGACAGAUGAUCAAGCAGGAGCCGCUACCGAGUCAUGAUCCUAGUCGCUCUCCUCAGAGGGGGGCUGUGGUCAAUAUUGCAAGCCAGCUAGGCAUGGUUGGCCGCCCUAAGGCUCCUGCCUACUGUAGCUCCAAAGCCGCCAUAAUCGCCAUGACACGGUCUGAUGCUAUAGAUUAUUCGAAAGAUGACAUCAGAGUGAAUUGUGUCUGCCCCGGUAUAAUCGAGACACCGAUGACAACACACAGCGAGGAAGUUCGCGAAAGGCUGAGGCCCGCCGUGGAUAUUGCCCCCAUGAGAAGAAUGGGGCAGCCAGACGAAGUUGCGGAUACGGUAUUGUUCCUCUGUUCCACUUUCGCAUCUUUUGUUCAGGGCCAUGCCUUGGUUGUGGACGGGGGGUAUGUACUCAAUUAA